AUGAAAACAACAACUCAAUAUGUAGGAUAUCCUACAAGAAAUUAUCAUGAAACGGACAUUCAUUCUUCUUCAUCAUCCAACAAGUUUAAUUUCAAUGAUGAUGCUUGGAUGGAUAUGAUGAAAAAGGUGGUACCAAACAACCAACAUGUAUUCAAUACAAGAACAUUUGGACAAAUUCGUUCCUUCACCACUUCAAAUUGGUUGAAGAAAAAAGAAGCAUCAACAAACGUAGAGGAUAGUCGUCCUCCACCCAACAACAUACUCUCAGUUUCAAUGAUUACACGAGUUGGAACGCUCCACAAUAUUGUUGAGAAUAUCAAGAUGAAGGGUAUAUAUUACGCAACUGAUGAGCUUAGAAGCACUUAUAACAACCUAAACUCUCUGACACUUGUCAAACUAUUGUAUUCUGGGUAA